AAACAGCAUUCUGACCUCUGCCCUGUAACUUCCUCUUCUUCUUAUAAAUACAAGGGCAGAACUGGCAUCCCGGGAAGCCAGGAAGCAGUGAGCCCAGGAGUCCUCGGCCAGCCCUGCCUGCCCACCAGGAGGAUGAAGGUCUCCGUGGCUGCCCUCUCCUGCCUCAUGCUUGUUACUGCCCUUGGAUCCCAGGCCCGGGUCACAAAUGAUGCAGAGACAGAGUUCAUGAUGUCAAAGCUUCCAUUGGAAAAUCCAGUACUUCUGGACAUGCUCUGGAGGAGAAAGAUUGGUCCUCAGAUGACCCUUUCUCUUGCUGCAGGAUUCCAUGCUACUAGUGCUGACUGCUGCAUCUCCUACACCCCACGAAGCAUCCCGUGUUCACUCCUGGAGAGUUACUUUGAAACGAACAGCGAGUGCUCCAAGCCGGGUGUCAUCUUCCUCACCAAGAAGGGGCGACGUUUCUGUGCCAACCCCAGUGAUAAGCAAGUUCAGGUUUGCAUGAGAAUGCUGAAGCUGGACACACGGAUCAAGACCAGGAAGAAUUGAACUUGUCAAGGUGAAGGGACACAAGUUGCCAGCCACCAACUUUUUUGCCUCAACUACCUUCCUGAAUUAUUUUUUUAAGAAGCAUUUAUUCUUGUGUUCUGGAUUUAGAGCAAUUCAUCUAAUAAAGAGUUUCUCACUUUU